AUGUGCUCCCUAGAAAGUCCGCUAACAAUUUGCAUCACCAAUGCGCGGCGUCAUGAGCUACUCCAGCAACUCCGUAGUAACAGCGGCCAAGGGAGUGGGAGGCACAUGUCCCUGCCAAUAUCCUUGCCCGAGACCGCGAUCACACACUCAAAUAUAUCAGGCGAGAUCCGGCUCUCCAAUUAUGUCGAUUUCGUCAAGUCCUGCUAUCGCAGUCACCCAGAGGCAUUCAGUUACUACGAACAGCUGGUCGACCAUCUUGGGCCAAGCAGUAAGAAACCGAUCCAUACAUCGCUGGAGAAACCGAAGCUUUUCGAGGCGUGGCCAGCCUCGCCAUCUCAGACUUACCCGGUCUCAUUCCCAUUCGAAUCGCAAGAGUGGGACGCUCACUCCGAGAGACCUCGGCCUGCUCUCCUCGAGGGCUUCCCAUCGCCCGAUACUAUGCUACAGCUUGGCGCUCGAUGGAACCUGCGGCCGGAAUUCUUCAUCGAGCACAUCUUUGGUAACAACAGUACCAACAAUCGAGCCGGAUUUUAUGGCCGGCCAACGCUCCCGUCACGACAAGACAACAUCAUGCGUAUACAGUUCACCAGCUCGGUCCGGUCGUUGGUUGAGGGGCCGAGCAUGGAAUCCUACGUUGAAAAGAGAUUGGAGAUCGAAGAAGCAUGUCGACAGUGUGAGAAAGAUCUAUUCUCGGGCAAAUGCUAUGGGGCGACGAGGUUCCGGGAAAUAUACCAGCAAGACGCGUAUUACUGUAGCAUAGAGCAGACCAUAUCAUUUACUGUUAUUGCCGAUCGGAAGCCCUGA